AUGGUGCCUCUUGAAGAAACGUACCAGAAAUACUCCCCUCGAGAAGGAGAAACACACCAGAAGAUGACUCCUCGAGAAGGAGAAAUCCACCAGAAAUACACUCCUCGAGAAGGGAACACGCACCAGCAAUAUGUUCCUCGAGAAGGAGUAACACACCAGAAGAUAACUCCUCGAGAAGGGGACACGCACCAGCAAUACACUCCUCGAGAAGGAGAAACACACCAGAAAUACACUCCUCACAGCAAAACAGAAGGCGAGUCCCAGCCAGCCAGCUUCAACAUCCAAACGAGGCGGAGCAGCCAUGAACCCAACCCUCCCAACGGCGGGCUGGUGCUGGGCGGCGGGCAGACGAUCAAACUGAUGCUGGUGCCGGACAAGGCGGCGACGACGGCGGCGGCGCCCGCGAAAAAGGAGAAGCCGCACCCGCAGCAGAAGAUGAAGAAGUUCUGGACGAACUUCGACCCGGAGUACGUGGGCAAGGUGACGCGGGUGCUGCCGGAGCGGAUCGGCGAGAGCGACCUGACGGCGAAGCUGCUGGGCGAGACGGCGCACCGGGCUCUCCAGUCGUACGAGAAGGCGAAGGAGGCGUGCGUGCGGGACGUGAAGCGCAUCAUCCAGGAAUGUCGGGCGGCCAACCAGAAGUACACGGACUCGCACUGGGACAUUGAGCGCGACCUCAAGAUCACGCGGGUGCGCGACUGUCUGGACGGGCUGGUGGGGGACGCGGACGACAAGCAGUACCCGGCGGACGCGAAGCGGGUGACGGACAUCUUCGAGGAUCCCAAGUUCUACGUCGACGGCGUGUCGUACGACGACAUGCUGCAAGGGUCGGCGGGCGACUGCUGGUUCCUGGCGGCGAUCUCGGCGCUGGGGUGCAACCCGGAGUUCAUCGAGCGGGUGUGCGUGAUCCAGGACCAGGCCGUCGGCGUGUACGGGUUCGUGUUCCACCGCGACGGCGAGUGGCACCAGUGCAUCAUCGACGACAAGCUGUAUCUGCGCGCGCCGGCCUACGACGAGAGCGGCGACGUUGUGCUGGGCCAGUACGGCGUGCGCCGUGCCAACCAGGAGGACCAGUACCAGGAGCUGUUCCAGCGCGGCUCGCAGUCGCUGUACUUUGCGCAGUGUCGCGACCAGAACGAGACCUGGGUCGGCCUGCUGGAGAAGGCGUACGCCAAAGCCCACGGCGACUAUGCCUCCAUCUCCGGCGGCCAGACCGGCGAGGCCAUCGAGGAUCUGACCGGCGGCGUCACCACCGAGAUCUACUCCACCAACAUCCUCGACCCCGAGGCCUUCUGGCGCGACGAGCUGAGCCGCAUCGGAAAGGACUUUGUCUUCUCGUGUGCCGCCGCCCGCUGGCGCGAAUGGCGGCCCUAUCUGGUCGCCAACGAGAAGAUCCGCGAGGAGCGCCGCUCCGGCAUCGUCAGCCAACACGCCUAUGCCGUGCUGGCCACCUAUGAAGGCCACGGCCAGCGCCUGGUCAAGAUCCGGAACCCCUGGGGUCGGAAGGAAUGGACCGGCGCCUGGAGCGACGGCUCCAAGGAGUGGACGGCCGACUGGCUGCAGCGACUCAACCACCAGUUCGGCGACGACGGCAUCUUCUGGAUGACCUACAAAGACAUGCUGAGCAAGUACAAGUACAUCGACCGCACCCGCAUCUUCGGCCCGGACUGGCACGUCGCCCAGCAGUUCAUGUCCGUCCAGGUUCCCUGGAGUACCUUGGACUACCAGCAAAACCACUUCUCCAUCGACGUGCCCGACGACACGGAUGCGGUGAUUGUCCUGUCGCAGCUCGACGACCGAUACUUCAAGGGCCUGCAGGGCAAGUACAACUUCACGUUGCAGUUCCGGGUCCAGAAGGACUCGCAGGACGACGAGGAGUACCUGGCUCGUAGCAAGAUGACCUAUGAGCUCGUACGGUCCGUGAAUGUCGAGAUUCCCCUGACCAAGGGCACGUACUCGGUGCUGGUCAAGGUCGAAGCCACAGAGACCAGGCGUGACGACGUGGAGAAGGUCGUUCGCAAUAACAUCCACCGCCGGGACAAAAUUACCCAGAUCGGCAAGCUGUACGAUCUGGCACACCAGAAGGGCCAGCUUCCAUCCUCGUCUCCCGGCUCGUCGAUUGCUUCCUCCGUCUCGGGAUCAGGCACCUCGACUCCCACAUCUACUGGAUCACAGAUCCGCGAUCAAAGCCGCUCGGACGCUUCUCCGGCAGCAGGGUCGAAGGAAGAUUCUGAGGAGAAGGACCCGCACCGGAAUCCGUGGAAUGCCAGCUGUGUGGUGGGCCUGCGGGUAUACAGCAAACAAGCCGACCUCGGCCUGAAAGUGGUGGUGCCGUCCAGGGAGGAGAUUGAGGAAAACAAGCAUAUGCCCACGCUGGACAGAGACGACGUCGCCAAGAGCGCAUUGGACGAGGCCCAGGCUGCUGUGGGCAAAGGUGACGAAGAGGAGGGCGAGGAUGGAGAGAAUGGCGGAUCGGCUGCUGAAGACGGCGAGAUCCAGAAGCCCAUUGAAGGUCAAACCUAG